GAGUUCGUCAAAAAAACUUUAUCCAAGUUAAACCCGGAUGUGUUAGUCCGCACAAAAUGUAGAUCUAAAAAAGGCUCGUUAUUAGAAAUAGCAUGGGUCAUGGAAUUUUACAGAGCCGCACAAAAUUAUCUACCAUCUGGAUCGAUCUUAUCUCCAGAGGUGGGAAAAUUAUAUUCCAAUGAUGGAGUAGUAGACCUUUACGUAUCAGAAAAAAAAUGGGCCAUUGAAUUUUUAGUAAACGGUAAUCAAAUGAAAAAGCAUUACGAAAGAUUCAAAAAUGGUGGACAAUAUUCGGAAAUCCCGAUUGAUUACUUCGUAAUAUUGGAUAUUAGGAAAAAUGGAAAAGUUACAAAGAAGUAUCCUUUUACUUGGCACGUUACUCCGGACAUCGCCUUCACGAACCUGACUAUAUUAGAUGGUGAUACUAGUUUCGAGAUAAAAAUUUGUGAUGAUGAUGUUAAAAUCAGUGCUAAUACUAAUACGAGUGUCUCUUCAAAAAAAAGAGAAGAUUUGAAAUUAAAAAAGUUGAUAGAAUUUUUGGAAUCACGAGAAAAAACUCUUAAAAACCAGCAUCGUUUCGAUUCGGCGGCUGACAUUCGGAAAAAAUUGGAUAAUGCAUCAGGGCUUCUGAUAAAAAUCAUGACUGAUAAUAUUGGGAAAAUAUUUGAUAUAAGCGGUGAAGAGUUUUUAAAAAAAUUG